AUGGGCCUUGGCGGAAGAACGGGCAACAUUCCCCUUGCCAGUCCUGCUUUCAGGGAGGCUUCUCAAGCGGCUCGCAGGGCACGCGCCUCAAAUGAACGCACGAGCCAAAACGCCCCACUUCCCUCUAGACGCAGAGCUCUGUCGUCCUCCGAUGAUUCUGACUCUGACGAUCAGCCACUAUCUCAAAGACGUCGGCGUCGAACCCCUCGCCCGAUGUCCGACUCCGCCCCGUCAUCUAUUCCUUCUCCUCCUCUAAAUGCGGCUGCCUCUCCUACAUCCCUCCAGGAGACUCCACUUUCAAUUCCAGGCAAUGUGGCUGAUCCUCCUGCGUCAUCCAAUAAUCAGGCCGAGCCCCCAGUUACUCACCCGACCAUCUCACAGAAUACUCCGGAAACUGAAGCUGGCCCCUCAGAACGACCUUCUACCACUCCGUCUGCAGUAUCUCCUCAAAGAUCUUCAACUCCUUCCGAUGCAGCCGCCGAACCUUCAGCUCCUCCCAGCUCAGCUGCAGGUCCCUCAGGACCUCCUCCGCUUAUUUAUCAUAAUUAUUGUACUACCCUUCCUUCUGAGGAGCAAUUAUGGUCUCAAUCAGAUGUUCCCACCAGCUCUCUCAAGAUGAAAGGUUUUCUGGCCACUUUAUGGGAAGAAAGUUUGCAGCAUAUGAAUUCCUUGUCCUCCCCGGCUCAAAUGGACCACUUUGCAGAAUUAUAUAUCAAGGCCUGCGCAGAAUCUCUGAUAGUGAACCAUUCCUUCCAUGCUAUUCAUUAUCAAAAUAAAAUGCUACGCGACCAGGUUGCUGAACUAGAAUUACAGCUGAAUGAUCCUGCUCAGGCUAGCCAUGCUCUAAGGGCCGAGAUAAAAGACUUAACCAAAAAGAAGAAUAGCCUGGAAGUAUCCUUGGCCCGCACCAAUCACGAAUUUAAGGAUCUCCAGGAAAAGCAAAGUCGGGCUGAUGAUGUACACCAACAAAAUAUGAAUCAGCAGGCUUCAGAGCAUCAAAGAGCUAUGGACCAGUUAGCUCAAAAGUUACGCGCUACUGAGGCUUUAGUGCAAGAUCAAGAUCAAAAGUUGCAAUCACAGGAGGCCCUUUUGAAAUCUCAAGAGACCCAAUUGGCUUCCCAAGCAAUAUAA